UGGACAAAAUGAUACCUUUAAUAUAUUAAUCAUAAACGAAAUGAGAUCAUACAAUAAUAACUUUAUUUCUAUCAUAUAAUUUUAGAGUGUGUGCAUAAGCCAAUAACUUAAAUAAAUUGAAUAACUACACAUGUACUAAUAGUAAUACUAGUAUUACUAUUAGUAUAGUGACCGAGAUGAAGGUACUACUAUCUCGGUAAUGACUAAAGUGUUGUCAAGCAUGUGGUAAAAAAUGCCAGCAAAAGUAAAGGUUCGUAUAUUAGCAGGGAGAAAUCUCCCCGUUAUGGACCGCACCAGUGAUACCUCAGAUGCUUAUGUUGAGGUGAAACUUGGAAACACGACUUUCAAGACAGAAGUAUGUCGAAGAUCACUGAAUCCACAGUGGAAUUCAGAGUGGUUUAGGUUUGAGGUUGAUGAUGAAGAGUUACAAGAUGAGCCAUUACAAAUCAGGAUAAUGGAUUACGACACCUACAGUGCUAAUGAUGCAAUAGGAAAGGUGUAUGUCAAUUUGAACCCCUUGUUGUACAAACAGUCAGGUUUUUUGUCAGGAUGGUAUCCAAUCUAUGAUACCAUGCAUGGUAUUCGAGGAGAAGUUAACAUGGCAGUUAAAGUGGAUUUGUUUAGUGAUACAAACAAAUAUCGCGAGUCUUCCUGUGGUGUGCAUUUUUUCUAUAGUCCCAGAAUCCCUCAUGGGUAUCAAGCUCAAGUUAUUCUUGGAUUUGUAGAGGAGCUAGUUGUUAAUGAUGAUCCUGAAUAUCAGUGGAUUGAUAAAAUACGCACACCAAGAGCAUCCAACGAAACUAGACAAACACUGUUUUCAAAAUUGUCAGGAGAAGUACAAAGAAAAAUUGGACUUAAAGCACUGGAACUGGGUGGAAAUGCAGUGGUAGGAUAUCAACAGUGCUUUGACUUAGAAGGAGAGUCUGGAAUUGUUGUUCGUGGAAUAGGGACAGCAAUGAAUCUCAUAAAGUUAUCUGAGGGUAACCCAGCUGCAGUGUCUCCUCCUAGAGAAGGAACAAGAGAGUCUCCUGUACCUGAAGACACUGUAAAUACACUUGCUCCUGGCCCAGGCUCUCCAACAACUGUGACAUCUACCAAAUUAUCUCAAUCUCCUGCCAAAGUCAACUUGACCUGUGGACAGCGUCGUUCUUCAGAUUCUGAUCUAAGUACAACCCCUAAAGCUAACAGUCUCGGUGACAGUAGUGGAAGUGGAAGUGGUGGAACACGGACAGCUGUUCAUCGUCCUGCGAUAGGCCAAGAUAGCCUUGACAUGCUGGAAUACCCUUUCAUAACAAUAAAACAGAUACCACAAGGAUUUGUCCAGCACAUUGGUGGGGUUGUAUCUGCUCGUUCUGUAAAGCUCUUGGUGCAAAUUAACAAUCCAGAUGAACCAGAAACAAGGGAUGCUUGGUGGACUGAACUACGAAAAGAGGUCCGAUCUCACACCAGAGCUCUGGGAUGUAAUAUUGUCCUUGGCUAUUGUGAAUCGGCAGAGAUCUACGAUGAGGUGUGUAUCCUGUCAGCAUCAGGAACAGCUGCUGUGCUCAACACAAAUAUGUCUAAUGAACACGAUGGAACAUCCACUCUGGGUUACACUCUAAACCCUAGACCUUGUACUGUAGUAACAAACACUCAACGAGACUGGGAAAAGGAAAGAGAGACAGCCAAAGAUAAAGAGAAACCUCUGAAAGUUGAUAUAAACUUGGCCAAUCAGGUCAGAGUAUCACAUAAUGGAGAUUGGAAUGAAGACUCAGUUAGUCAUGCUGCCUGCAGUCUGUGUCAUAUACCAUACAGUGAGUCAAGUGUUCCCUUUCCUGUGAACUUGACACGGUGCAUUGUGUGCAGAAGGCACAAAGUUCCAGAUAUCUUGCUGAUGACCAUUGAACCACCAAGUGUCCCAGUCUGUGGUAAAGGCUGCCUUAUACAAGCUAGGGUUUGCAGAGUGAAAAAAGAUGGGAGUGCUGAGCAGAAUGCCAAAGAAAUCAGUGAUAGCCUUCCAUUUUUGGAGUAUGAAUUGCAUCAUCAGCUAGUUAAUAAAUUAAAGGUGAAGGGGAUGAAUGGUCUUUUUGGUCUUAAAGUACAGGUGUCAGUAGGAGAAAAGAUGCUAGUUGGUGUAGCA